AUGAAGCUGAAGAAGCAGGUGACAGUGUGUGGAGCUGCCAUCUUCUGCGUGGCCGUCUUCUCCCUCUACUUGAUGCUGGACCGGGUACAGCACGACCCUGCACGACACCAGAGUGGGGGCAACUUCCCCAGGAGCCAGAUCUCAGUGCUACAGAACCGCAUUGAGCAGCUGGAGCAGCUGCUGGAGGAGAACCAUGAGAUCAUCAGCCACAUCAAGGACUCGGUGCUGGAGCUGACGGCCCACGCGGAGGGGCAGCCGGCAUUGCCCCAUCACCCCCCAAAUGGCUCCUGGGUGCUGCCCCCUGAGAGUCGCCCAAGUUUCCUCUCCGUGUCCCCACAGGACUGCCAGUUUGCCCUGGGGGGCAAGGGACAGAGCCCAGACCUGCAGAUGCUGGCCGUGUACUCCCUGCUGCCCUUUGACAACCAGGAUGGCGGUGUCUGGAAGCAGGGCUUCGACAUCACCUAUGAGCCCAACGAGUGGGACAUGGAACCUCUGCAGGUGUUUGUGGUGCCGCACUCCCACAAUGACCCAGGCUGGAUCAAGACCUUCGACAAGUACUACUAUGACCAAACGCAGCACAUCCUCAACAGCAUGGUGCUGAAGAUGCAGGAGGACCCACGCCGACGCUUCAUCUGGUCCGAGAUCUCCUUCUUUUCCAAGUGGUGGGACAACAUCAGUGCCCAGAAGCGGGCUGCAGUGCGCAGGCUGGUGGGCAAUGGGCAGCUGGAGAUGGUGACAGGUGGCUGGGUGAUGCCCGACGAGGCCAAUUCCCACUACUUCGCCAUGAUUGACCAGCUGAUCGAGGGGCACCAGUGGCUAGAGAAGAACAUUGGUGUGACACCGCGGUCGGGCUGGGCCGUGGACCCCUUUGGGUACAGCUCCACCAUGCCCUACCUGCUGAAGCGCUCCAACCUGACGGCCAUGCUCAUCCAGCGUGUGCACUAUGCCAUCAAGAAGCACUUUGCUGCCACCCAGAACCUGGAGUUUAUGUGGAGACAGACGUGGGAUCCAGACACCAGCACUGACAUCUUCUGCCACAUGAUGCCCUUCUACAGCUACGAUGUGCCCCACACCUGUGGGCCAGACCCCAAGAUCUGCUGCCAGUUUGACUUCAAGCGCCUGCCUGGAGGCCGAAUCAACUGCCCCUGGAAGGUUCCUCCCCGUGCCAUCACCGAUGCCAAUGUGGCGGAGCGAGCCCAGCUGCUGCUGGACCAGUACCGCAAGAAGUCCAAGCUGUACCGCAGCAAGGUGCUCCUGGUGCCCCUGGGAGAUGACUUCCGAUACGACAAGCCGCAGGAGUGGGACGCCCAGUUCCUCAACUACCAGCGCAUCUUCGACUUCCUCAAUUCCCGGCCCGACCUCCACGUCCAGGCGCAGUUUGGGACGCUCUCUGACUACUUUGAUGCCCUGUAUAAGAAGAUGGGCAUUGUGCCGGGGAUGAGGCCGCCUGGGUUCCCAGUGCUGACUGGAGAUUUCUUCUCCUAUGCUGACCGGGAGGACCACUACUGGACGGGAUACUACACCUCCCGGCCGUUCUACAAGAGCCUGGACCGGGUGCUAGAGGCCCACCUCCGGGGGGCAGAGAUCCUGUACAGCCUGGCACUCGCCCACGCCCGCCAUGCCAGUGCCGACGGCAGGUACCCGCUCUCCGACUACGCCCUGCUGAGCAACGCCCGACGCAACCUGGGCCUCUUCCAGCACCACGAUGCCAUCACUGGCACCGCCAAGGAGGCUGUAGCUGUGGACUACGGAGUCCGGCUGCUCCACUCCCUUACCAACCUGAAGCGCGUCAUCAUCAACGCUGCGCACUACCUUGUGCUGGGGGACAAGGACACAUAUCAGCAUGACCCCGCUGCGCCCUUCCUCAGCAUGGAUGACACGCGCCCCAGCCAGGACUCCCUCCCGGAGAAGACAGUGGUCAAACUGGACACCUCACCCCGGUUCCUGGUGGUGUUCAACCCUCUGGAGCAGGAACGCCUGAGUGUGGUGCCGAUGCUGGUGGACUCCCCGCAUGUGCAUGUGCUCUCCGAGGAGGGCCAGCCCCUGCCCUUCCAGCUCAGCGCAACCUGGAGCUCCGCCACCGAAGUGGUUCCUGACGUCUACCAGGUGUCUGUGCUGGCCCGCCUGCCCGCGCUGGGGCUGCGUGUGCUGCAGCUGCACAGGUCCUUGGACGGCCAUGCCACGCUGAGGUCCUCCACGCGCCUGUACCUGCACGGUCGGGACCUGCCUGUGCGCAAGCCUGAGGCCCUGCCCCUGCAAGUCUUCCCGGCUGCUGCCGAUGAUUUCUGCCUGGAGAACCAGCACCUGCAGGCCUGCUUCUCAGGGCACUCGGGCCUGCUGCAGAGCAUACGCGGAGCUGGGGAGGAGCAGGGGCACAGAGUGAGCAGCGAGUUCCUCGUCUACGGCACCAGGACCUCCAAGGACAAAAGUGGGGCCUAUCUCUUCCUGCCUGAUGGAGAAGCCAAGCCCUAUGCCCCCAAGAACCCCCCAGUGGUGCGGGUGACGGAGGGACCCCUCUUCUCAGAGGUUGCCAGCUACUAUGAGCACGUUCAGACCAUGGUGCGGCUGUACAAUGUGCCAGGGGUGGAGGGCCUGUCCCUGGAUGUGUCCUGCCUGGUGGACAUCCGUGACCACAUCAACAAGGAGCUGGCCCUGCGCUUCAGCACCGACAUUGAGAGCGACAACACCUUCUUCACGGACCUCAAUGGUUUCCAGAUCCAGCCCCGCAGGUACCAGCGGAAGCUGCCGCUGCAGGCCAACUUCUACCCCAUGCCUGCCAUGGCCUACAUUCAGGACAUGCAGAGCCGCUUGACGCUGCUCACAGCCCAGGCCCUGGGAGUCUCCAGCCUCCGCAGCGGCCAGCUGGAGGUGAUCCUGGACCGGCGCCUCAUGCAGGAUGACAACCGGGGCUUGGGCCAGGGGCUGAAGGACAACAAGCGAACCUGCAACCGAUUCCGGCUCCUCCUGGAGCACCGCACCACUGCCAACAAGGUGCAGGACGAACGCCCCAUCAGCUUCCCCUCCCUGCUGAGCCACAUCACCUCCAUGCACCUGAAUGCCGAGGCCCUGGUCAUGCCGGUGGCGCUGGAGAAGCCAGCUGUGCCAGCCCUGCGCUCCUUCGUGCCCCUUGCCACCACCCUCCCCUGCGACUUCCACAUCCUUAACUUGCGGAUGUUGCAGGCAGAAGACGACUCACUACCCUCGGCCGAGGCAGCGCUGAUUCUGCACCGCAAAGGCUUUGACUGCAGCCUGGAGGCCAAGAACCUGGGCUUCAACUGCACUACAAGCCAGGGCAAGCUGGUCCUGGGAGGCCUGUUCCAGGGGCUGGAGCUGGGCUCCCUGCAGCCCACCUCACUGACGCUGAUGUAUCCACUGGGCACGGCUUCCAACAGCACCAACAUCUACCUGGACCCCAUGGAAAUUGCCACAUUCCGCAUCCGCCUGGGGUAGUGUGUGGAGUGGGAGAGGAGCAGAGUGGCUGGGCAGCGUGGGAGCAGCACCAGCACUGCAGGAGAGCAGGGCCAGCAGCACUGUGGUGGGCGCGGGCAGGAGGCGCCGGACUUGCAGAGGCUGCUGCUGCCUUCUAAUUUAUUAGUCCCACAUUCUCAGAUAGAUUUUGGAAUGAACUGCUGUGGCCGGGGCUGGGCGGAGGCUGCGGAAUGUGGUGCCGGGUGGGCUGAGCACAGCUGGCAGGAGCAACAGGCCA